UUCAGGUUGCGGGCAGCAUCACCAGCACCACCAGCACUAGGACCACUAGCACCACUAGCACCACCAGCACACCCAGAAUCACCAUGAAGCUGUACGUCUGCGUUUCGCUGGCCCUUUUGGCCAUCGCGGCCCCUGUUCCCUCGGACGCCCUGCUGGGCGCCAAGUUGGCCCUGCUGAAGGCCAUCGGCGGUGGUCUGGGCGGCGGCAGCUCCACGGGCAGCGGCGGUGGCUACGGAGGCAGCGGCUACGGCAGCGGCGGAUACUCCGGCGGCUACAAUCAGGGAUACUACAGCCAGCCCAGCCGCCCGGUCUACAGCUCCGGAUACGGCAGCUCCUCGUCGUCCUCCUCCGCCAGCAGCUACGGCGGUGGUUAUGGCGGCGGCUAUGGCGGUGGUUACGGCGGCGGCGAGCAGGUCAUCAAGGUCAUCAAGGUGGUGGAGCAGCCCUCCUACGACUACGGACGUUCGGCCGGCUAUGGUGGCAACUACGGAGGAUACUCGUCGAGCGCCUCUGCCAGUGCUUCUUCCAGUGCCAGCUCCAGCUCCUACUCCGCUCCAGCUCCCGCUGUGACUUACUCCGCUCCUGCCCCCGCGGUGACCUACUCCGCUCCUGCUCCAGCUGUCACCUACUCCGCCCCAGCUCCAGCUGUGACUUACUCUGCCCCAGCUCCCGCUGUGACCUACUCCGCUCCUGCCCCCGCUCCCGUGGUGCGUGUUCAGGCUGCUCCUGCGGUGACCUACUCCGCCCCUGCUCCAGCUCCCGCUCCCGUGACCUUUUCCGCCCCUGCCCCCGCUGUGACCUACUCGGCUCCUGCUCCCGCACCCGUGGUUCGCUACGCCGCUCCAGCUCCGGCGCCAGUGACCUACUCCGCCCCAGCUCCCGCUGUGACCUACUCGGCCCCUGCUCCCGCUGUGACCUACUCCGCUCCUGCUCCGGCCCCAGUGGUGCGUUACUCGGCCCCAGCCCCGGCGCCCAUCAGCUACGCACCCGCACCCGCUCCCGCUCCUGUCGCCUACGCCCCGCAGCCGCAGAGCCAACAGGUGGUGAAGACCAUCAAGCUGAUCGUGGAUGAGGACCGUGCUCCCGCCCAGGUGUACGGCCCACCGGCCGUGGACUCCAGCUACUCCAGCGCCUCCUCCUCCGCUUCCGCCUCCGCCGGAGGCUACAACAGUGGCUACAACGGUGGCUACAACGGCGGCUACAACGGCGGCUACAAUGGCGGCUCCAAUGCCGGCUUCUCCGGCGGCUUCGGUGGCGGCUGGAAGCGUGGCGGCAUCUUCGAGAAGCUGGUCGGCUGCUAGGCCUUGGCACCUAAGGAUCCUAAAAUCCAAAUCCUAACCUAACCGUACUCAACUAUUUUUUUUCUAGUUCUAAAACGAAUAAUUGUAUUUUUUGUUCGAUCGAUGUGUACAUAAAAUAAAUCAAUACUCGAUA